GCGGCGGCGGCGGCGGUGGUUGGGGCAGAGCGGGCUUGGAAGGCGAGGGGGGGGUUCCCUCCGGUGGGGACGCCAGCAUGGAAGCGCCCUCGGUAGCAGCAUCGUUGGUGGCCGCGGAAGAGGCGAUAGCGGCGGUCUCGGCGUCGGCGUCGGCGGCCGCUCCUCGUCCGGACGCGGGUCCCUCGGAGCCCUCCAAGGAGACGGACCGCCAGCUGCGCCUUCGCCUGUGCGUCCUCAACGAGAUCCUGGGCACCGAACGGGACUACGUGGGCACCCUGCGCUUCCUGCAGUCGGCGUUUCUGCACCGGAUUAGACAAAAUGCUGUCGACAAAGCUGAGAAGUACAUAACAGAGGAAAAUGUCAAGAUUUUAUUUUCCAACAUAGAAGACAUACUUGAUGUCCACAAGGACUUUCUCGCUGCUCUGGAGUAUUGUUUACAACCGGAACCUCAGUCUCAGCAUGAACUAGGAGAUGUUUUCUUAAAAUUUAAAGACAAGUUCUUUGUGUAUGAGGAAUAUUGCAGCAACCAUGAAAAAGCACUCAGGCUUCUAAUGGAACUGAACAAGAUCCCAGCUGUGAGAGCUUUCUUGUUGAGCUGCAUGCUUUUGGGAGGCAGAAAAACUACAGACAUUCCACUUGAAGGCUAUCUCCUAACUCCCAUCCAGAGGAUUUGCAAAUAUCCACUUCUCCUAAAGGAGCUAGCCAAGAGAACACCCACCAAACAUCCAGAUUAUCAAGCAGUCCAAAAUGCAUUACAAGCAAUGAAAACAGUAUGUACCAACAUAAAUGAGACAAAGAGACAGAUGGAGAAACUGGAAGCUCUAGAGCAGCUGCAGUCUCAUAUUGAAGGAUGGGAGGGUUCCAACUUAACAGACAUCAGCAGCCAGCUUCUGCUCCAAGGACCCCUGUUAAAAAUCUCUGCAGGAAAUAUCCAGGAGAGAACAUUCUUCCUUUUCGAUAAUCUUCUUGUCUACUGCAAGCGGAAGUCCAGAGUUGCUGGGAAAAAGACAUCUAAGCGCACCAAGUCAAUAAAUGGAUCCCUCUACAUCUUCAGGGGCCGAAUAAACACAGAAGUCAUGGAAGUUGAGAAUGUAGAAGACGGGACAGCAGAUUACCACAGCAAUGGUUACACAGUGACAAAUGGCUGGAAAAUACACAACACCGCCAAAAACAAAUGGUUCGUCUGUAUGGCCAAGACUGCCGAAGACAAGCAGAAGUGGCUUGACGCAAUAGUCAAGGAAAGGGAGCAGAGGGAGAGUCUGAAGUUAGGCAUGGAGAGGGAUGCGUAUGUCAUGAUCGCAGAGAAAGGGGAGAAGCUGUAUCACAUGAUGACAAACAAGAAAGUGAACCUUAUCAAAGACAGGAGGAGAAAAUUAAGCACUGUUCCCAAGUGCUUUUUUGGCAAUGAGUUUGUAUCUUGGCUCAUAGAAAUUGGAGAGAUAAGCAAACCAGAGGAAGGAGUCAACCUGGGACAAGCUCUGUUGGAGAACGGCAUCAUUCAUCAUGUUUCAGAUAAACACCACUUCAAGAAUGAGCAAGUGAUGUACAGAUUUCGUUAUGAUGAUGGGACUUAUAAACCAAGGAGCGAACUGGAAGACAUAAUGUCCAAGGGUGUGAGGCUCUACUGCCGUCUACACAGUCUUUACACCCCAGUGAUAAAAGACCGAGAUUAUCACUUGAAGACCUACAAGUCAGUGAUUCCUGCAAGUAAACUAGUGGAUUGGUUAAUCGCUCAGGGUGAUUGUCAGACAAGGGAGGAAGCUGUCGCACUCGGUGUUGGACUCUGCAACAAUGGCUUCAUGCACCAUGUUUUGGAGAAGAGUGAAUUCAAAGAUGAGUCUCAGUAUUUCCGUUUUCAUGCUGAUGAGGAGAUGGAAGGGACAAGUUCGAAGAGCAAGCCAUUACGAAACGACUUCAAACUUAUUGAAAAUAUUUUAGCCAAAAGCUUACUGGUUUUACCAGAAGAAGAUGACUAUGGUUUCGACAUAGAAGAAAAGAACAAAGCCAUUGUGGUGAAGUCUGUUCGUGGAGGGUCACAUGCAGAGAUGGCAGGCUUGCAGAUUGGACGGAAAAUUUAUUCCAUGAAUGAGGACCUUGUGUUUCUGCGUCCCUUUCAAGAGGUGGAGACUCUCUUCAACCAGUCCUUCUGCUCCCGGAGGCCUCUUCGACUUCUUGUGGCAACCAAGUCUAAAGAGAUUAUCAAGCUCCCAGAUUGCAGUGAAAUGUUGUGCUUCCAGAUACGGGGAGCAGCACCGCCGUACAUCCAUGCUGUGGGGCGAGGCUCAGAAGCAGGAGCUGUGGGGCUUCAUCCAGGACAGUGUGUUCUGAAAGUGAAUGGGAAUAAUGUGAUGAAUGAAAAUUACACGGAGGUUCUGGAACACUUUACAUCAUAUAGGAACAGGCAGCAGGAAUUUCUGGGCUUCUAUCAGUGGGUUUACCGAACUCAUGAAGAUGCUGAAGAGGACAGAGCUCACCAGGCAGCUUCAAACUCAUACCCGAAUGGGAGUCAUUCUGAGUCUAGUACAGGAGAUCUCUGCAUUGAAGAAAAUGCAGACCUUGAUCCCCUUGAUGACGGUCCACAACAACAAGCUAUGGGCUUGACCUGUCACACCUUUGACCCUCCUCUGAUCAUCAGAGAAGAUACUCCUUUCAUCAGCCUAACAGUGGACAAUGUCCAACUUGAGCAUGGUGUUGUGUAUGAAUACGUAAGCACUGCUGGAAUCAAGUGCUUUGUCCUGGAGAAGAUCAUUGAGCCAAAAGGGUUCUUCAACCUCACAGCAAAGAUUCUAAAUGCCUUUGCUACAGAUGACAGCUAUUUCGUGAAGAACUGCAGGAGACUCAUGGCACUCAGCAAUGCGGUGGUGACCAUGCCUCAGUAUGAGUUCCGACAGAUCUGUGACACAAAAUUGGAAAGCAUCAGCAGGCGAGUUGACAGCUAUCAGGAGUUUAUAGAUAGGUUGAGAAUGAAGGUGAGCCCAUCCUUCAAACAAGCCACAACAGAUCCUCAUCCCUUGAACUGCAUGGAUUUCUGUCCUACCAACUGCCACAUUAACCUUAUGGAAGUGUCAUACCCGAAAAACACUACCUCACUGGGAAGGUCAUUCAGUAUUCGCAUUGGAAGGAAGCCGUCUAUUAUUGGCCUUGAUCCAGAACAAGGAAACCUGAAUCCAUUCUCAUAUACCCAGCAUUGUAUAGCCACCAUGGCUGCACCGUCUUGGAGGUGUUUGGCUCCGGAAAAUGGGGAUUACAAUCUACAUGGACAAUAUGACUGUUGCUAUGGGCAUGAGAAUGGAGGAGGCUCUCAAGAGGAAAGAGGCCUUGCCUUCUUGUUGAAGCAGGAAGAUCGGGAGAUACAGGACUCCUACUUGCAGCUCUUCAACAAAUUGGAUGUAGCAGUUAAGGAAAUGAAGCAAUAUGUCUCUCAGAUCAACAAGCUUUUGUCAACUAUCACUGAGCCAACAGCAUCUGGUCAAUGUGAACCUCCCUCUACUGAUGAGAUGCCACCCACAUCAUUGGUCACAGAAGAUAGUGAUAUUGACAAAGCAGAGCAUGGCAUGAAGAAGGUUUGCUUCAAAGUAACUGAAGAGGAUCAGGAAGAUUCAGGGCAUGACACUAUGAGCUACAGAGAUUCCUACAGUGAAUGUAACAGCAACAGAGACUCAGUGCUUUCCUACACCAGUGUACGGAGUAAUAGCUCUUACUUGGGCAGUGAUGAGAUGGGAUCAGGUGAUGAACUUCCCAAUGAUAUGAGGAUACCUUCAGAUAAACAAGAUAAACUUCAUGGGUGUCUUGAGCAUCUUUUCAACCAGGUGGAUGCUAUAAAUGCCCUUCUCAAAGGACCAGUAAUAAGCAAGGCUUUUGAAGAAACAAAACAUUUUCCAAUGGACCACAGUUUGCAAGAAUUUAAGCAGAAAGAGGAAACUACAAUUCGGAGCAGAAACAAGAUUCAGAUCAGCAUCCAAGAAGAUCCCUGGAAUCUUCCACUCCGUAUUAAAAACCUUGUUGAGACCAUACAAAAAUAUGUGGAAGAUGGAAAGAACCAGCUGCUUUUGGCUUUACUAAAAUGCACAGAUACAGAACUGCAGCUGAGACGAGAUGCCAUUUUCUGCCAGGCACUGGUGGCUGCCAUUUGUACAUUCUCUGAGCAGUUAUUGGGUGCUCUUAAUUACCGAUACAACAACAAUGGGGAAUAUGAAGAAAGCAGCAGGGAAGCCAGCAAGAAGUGGCUAGAGCAGAUAGCAGCCACUGGGGUGUUACUCAACUACCAGUCCUUGCUCUCUCCCAGUGUGAAGGAGGAGCGAAUCAUGCUGGAAGAUAUUCAGGCCACUCUCUCAGAGCUGGAUAAAGUUGUCUUUUAUUUCAAACAAUUAGAUGAAUGUUUUGUAGCAAAUACCCAUGUCUUUUAUCAGGUUGAAGGAAAUCGUCAAGUUUUGAAGGUUACUUUUUACCUGGACAGCUACUACUUUUCCAAAUUACCUUCUCGGUUUCAGAACGGAGGAAGCCUGAAGUUACAUGCAGUGCUUUUUACAAAAGCCCUGGAAAAUCUGGAAGGCCAGUCCCAGCCUGGGGGUCCAUCUCUAGAAGAGUUCCAGCAACAGAUUAAUUCUGAUUCUCUCGAGAAGAUGCAGCAGUAUUAUCGCAAACUCAGGACAUUUUACCUUGAGAGGUCCAACUUGCCUACAGAUUCCAACACAACAGCUGUGAAAAUCGACCAGCUCAUUCGCCCCAUCAAUGCAAUGGAUGAGCUUUUCAGACUCAUGAAAUCCUUUGUCAGCACAAAAGGCAGCCAGUCGGGAUAUUCUAGUAGUAAUAUAGCAGGGGCUGGACUGCUGCCUAUAUCCUCUGAACUUUGUUACCGCCUGGGAGCCUGCCAGAUUGUAAUGUGUGGCACUGGAAUGCACAGGAGUACAUUGAGUGUGUCCUUGGAGCAAGCAGCUAUAUUGGCGCGAAGUCAUGGACUCUUGCCUAAAUGUAUCAUGCAGGCCACAGACAUAAUGAGGAAACAAGGACCAAGGGUUGAAAUCUCUGCAAAAAAUCUGAAGGUGAUGGAUCAGAUGCCACAGUCUGCACCUCGAAUCUACAAGCUGUGUCAACCACCUGCAGAUGGAGAUUUAUAAAACUGAAGGAAACUCCAGUUCCUGAAAUCAUCACAGUGUUUGGAAGGUCGUGAUGCUGCCUGAGCACUGAUCUUAUCUUACGCCCAUGGUGCUGAGUCCAGAAGAGAGAGGAAGGAUACUGUCUUCCUGGACAAUCUAGUGCACUAAGAAACUGCCCUCCCACUCACCUUCUGCUGAAUUAGGUGGGCAGACACGGUUACUGUUUCUGGGUUUGCUGUAAGAGUUUUCAAAUCCCCACAGAGUUUGGAGUGAGGAAUUGCCUUCUGCCCAAUGCCAGGAAGAGACCAGGAAGGGCAUGGCAGGGAAAAACAAAAAAACACCAGCCUGCAAUGUAAAGAAUUGACUGUACUGGUUCCUGAACAUUGUAUGUUGUAUUUUGGAUGCUCAAAGCAAAUCCAAAGUAAAGCACAGCUACUUAUCCUAAUUUUUUUGGAAUAUAAUCCCAUUUCCAGCACAGUAUUGGCCAGUGGCCUUCAAUAAGAGUCUCACAAACACUCUUAAAAAACUGAACCUAUAUAUAUAUAUACCCACUUGCACUUUGAAAUUGUGAAUAGCACACCUCUCGGGUUUCUUCAAAGGAUAUCUCGUGGAGCUACUUUCCUCUUCAUCCUGGUAUACACCCACCUGCUGAGUGUACAUUCCAUAGGAGUUUAUACAAGAAUUUCUUUUUAACGUUUACUAUAAAAGUUCAGGGUUUGCAAUUAAUGCUUAAAGAAUAAAUGGUCCAUUAUGUAUUCUGGAAAUACAAUUAUAUUUUACAGAAGGUAACAAUGAAGGAUUUUUUUUUGAAAAAAAAAAUAAAAGAAUACAUUAUGAAGGGAGUUGCUAAACAACUUGGUGUUCCAACAAUUUGAACAGAUAAUGGGUUUUUAAAAAUGAGGACAGAACUAUUCUUAUUUAUGUGAAAUGGAAGAUAUGCUUUGGACUUUGUUCCUAUAAAUACAAGGUUUGAAUAAGGAAAAAAAAGCAUUUGUUUCUGAUGGGGCCAAUGUGGUGGCAGACAUGCAGUAGUUCUCUGUUCACUGAGAAUUUUGUUACAUUAUUUAAAACCUUGCAGUAUUUAAGUAGCCUUUAAUACAUGUAAUUUUUUAAAGAACUAGAUGACAGUGGGUUGUAAGUUAAAAUGAAAACAUGGGUUAUGUAUAUAAUGUAUUUUAUUUUCCCUGUUUUAGAAAUGAUUUCUGUUUGAUCAGUAUUACCAACAGCACAGUAAUUUGCUUCCAAAUUACUGGCUACAAUGUAAUGAAAAAUAUCAGCAAUCUCAGGCCAGAAAUAACAUUAAUUUGGAGUGAGUGCCUUAAAUAAAUUACCAUAUGGAUCGACAUUCAACAAUUAAGGGGCAUAAAGACAAAACUAACAUUCUUCUAUGUCAUCGUAGACUAAAGCCAUAGUCUCCUUGGAAAUAUUCAUUGUUGGGACUGCAUAGAAAUUCUUUAGAUUACUUCUGUAUCUAAUACAUGGAAGAGGAAUAUUUUGAUUCUGGCUUCAAAUAGGGCAUUUAAUAAACUCCAGUGUUUCCUAACA